GUGAGAAAAUUGCUAGAAAGGCACAGUUUAUAGAAUUCCUAUCAUUUCAUUGUAACUAGUGCAUGUGAAGCAAAAAAUGCAACACAUUGGGUAACUCCGACGUAAACGGUGUCUGCGAAAACUGCAGAUACCUCAUCUUACUUUUUCCGUUUUUGUGCUUUCAGGUUCGUGCAUGAAACUAUAAGCAGGUAAAAGCAUGGCGAAGCAGCUAUAUCAGUGCGUCGAUGGCUUCUGCAUACCGAAUGCGUAUUGCGAAGAAAACUUUCGCUCUGCGAUGAGCUAUAGGGCGCGCGAAGGAGACAUCUUCAUUGUUACUUACCCAAAGUGUGGGACCACGUGGACCCAAUACAUCGUGUGCAACAUCUUGACUCGCGGAAGUCCGCCUUCGGAUAUAGACGCCUACGACCGCAUGACUCCUUUCCUCGAUGCCAGGGGAGCCGAAGCAGUGGAGAAUCGGCCUGAACGAGGUCCCAUCUUGACCCACCUUCCAAGCGGCGUUCUUGAACCCGUGCACUGGGCCAAGUACAUACACGUCGCCCGGAACCCCUACGACUGCGCCGUCUCGUAUUACCACUUCCUCAAGGGGUUCACACCGAACGCGUUCCCAAAUUUCGAUGACUUCCUGGCCAUGUUCCUUUGUGGAAAGGUGCCAUACGGCGACUAUUUUGACCACCUGCUGUCCUGGUACGACCAUCGAGGUGACGCCAACGUCCUUUUCUUAACCUACGAGACGCUCAAGACAGAUAGCAGGAACCAGCUCCUCAAGAUCGCGGAUUUUCUCGGCGAAGAGCACGGUACAGCACUGCGUCAGGACGAAUCGUUACUCCGUCGUCUUCUCGACGCCUGUCGCUUGGACAAGAUGAAGACGUUUAUCAAGGACAACCCUGUAGACAGAUUUAAAUCAGACACACCCAAAGUGUGCGUUGCACGUGAGAAAUGCCCGAACCCUGUUAACGGUACCGCAAAGAUAUACGGUCCCAACUCUCAAACGUCGUCUACUUUUCUACGAAAAGGCGUUGUGGGAGAUUGGAAGAACCACUUUACGAGUGAGCAAGUGCAAAUAACGAAAGACUGGAUUGUGCGAAAGACGGCCGGUAGUGAUGUCAUGAGCCUAUGGCAUGACACGGUCCUUCCUUAGCAGUAAUGGUGAUGUAUUCGUAGACAGUCCUACUGCUUAACGUUUCAAAUAUUGAACUUGAAUUAAGUCGAUUGAAAAAUUUAGAGUACGCUGACGCAUCAGGUGUCGCAACAUGUGACCUAGAAAUAUUCAAUUAUUUUCCUUCUUCCAGUAAUGCUCUUGUAUAAGUUUGUGCAUUAUUUAAAUUUCCAUGCAAACCUCUGGUUUUUGCAUAUGCAGCGAAGUUUUCCACUGGGCCUCGCUUCAAAUAAUGAGCAUGCUCAUGGACCGACCGUUGAUGCGGCGUCUUCUCUAGUUAACGUUGUAGCUUCCCCACGAGAGCGAGAUCUUAUGCACAGUGCCGUCCGCAUAUGACCUAAUCCUACAAUAUGUAGCUAGCCAGUCUCUUGCUCCUUGGACGCCGUCCUUCGUCAUUGUGCAGAAGUCUAGGAAUUUUCGGGGGGCAGAGAACACCACAUGCACGUUCAUGCACUGGUCCACCUUCUUUAGGCCAUGUGACACACCAUGAAUGUAAAAAAACUGUCUCCCUCUGCCUCCAAGAUAGCUGCUGGCCGAAAUUCGACUGAAUGUACGAGUUCUUGUGUUCAUAUG